AUGCAUCAACACCGCCGAGACAUCAGCGCAAACUUUCCGGUUCGACUGCGAGCCAAAUGCAUCAACACCGCCGAGACAUCAGCGCAAACUUUCCGGUUCGACUGCGAGCCGUACAAAUGCAUCAACACCGCCGAGACAUCAGCGCAAACUUUCCGGUUCGACUGCGAGCCGUACAAAUGCAUCAACACCGCCGAGACAUCAGCGCAAACUUUCCGCUUCGACUGCGAGCCGUACAAAUGCAUCAACACCGCCGAGACAUCAGCGCAAACUUUCCGGUUCGACUGCGAGCCGCAUUCCCGCAUGCUGCGCAACCUCACCCGCACAAAUAAAAUUCGGCACCUGAACCACUCCGUAUCGAUGGACUGCUGUCCGGACGAAAUCCUACUCGCCAUUUUUUCCCUCGCCUGCGUCGAUGAUGGGACCACAGGCCGCGCCCUCUCCUGUGUCUCUCGCCGCGUCCAUUACAUCUCCGCGCCUGUGAAAUACAGGUCACUGGCCGCCCGCGGUGCUGCACAAAUUAACGCCCUCACCGCUCACCUUGCUGCCCGUGGCGGCGGAGAGCCCGAGCAGAACGUCGACGACCGUGUCGCACCCGUUCCGAAAGUGGAACAUCUUCUUGUGUCAAUGAUUCCGCCCGAAACGCGGCAGACAGACGAGCCGAAGCCGGGGGGACCCAAGGGCGAGAAGGACGACUCCCGAUCCGAAGAGGGCAAAGGCAGGGUUGCGAAUCUGGACGUCGAUUGGUACCGAUGCUUCCAGCUCGAGCGCAAGAGACAGCACGAAGCUUCCGUCGCCCUCCCUGGCCUCCUCGCGCUCGUCGCCGGCACCCUCCGGACUCUCUUCGCCGACUUCUGGCCUACCUCCGACGUCGCGCUCCCGUCUCUGCCGCGUCUCGCCUCCCUCUCGCUCCCCUCCGGAGAGGCCCUUCAACACCUGCCUCCUCCCCUUCCCUCCAUGACCCACCUUCACCUUACCACAUCCCCGUGGGUCGUAAACACCGGACGUGGCGACGAGAACUACCUCUGGGUUGUGAUUGCCAAUUCGCCGAUGCGUGCGACGCUCUCCCACCUUCGCCUCUCCGGCGUGAACGAAUCCUCUGGCAACGUGCCCCAGUUCCUCCGCGUCCUGCUUGACUUGCCGGUUCACCCGGAAGGCGCGGGGAAAACGCCGUUCGGCGACGGGCGCGAUGUUCGCUUCGCAGUCAUCAGGGGCGAGCACGCGCACUUUGCUCCGGGGUCGGAGUGUGAACAGCAUGCAAGACAGACGGCGGCAAACCUCCCUCAGCUGAGGAACGUCUGGAUCGAGGGGAAACGGCAUGUGCAGCGGGGGUGGUGUGGCACGGGUAGGGCCACACAUAAGUUGCUGUUCUCCGGGAUAGAGGCUCUUGUGCAUCAGUCGCAGAGACGGCAUGACGAGAGCAAGAGCGGAGGGAGCUUGAUGAUGCUCCCUAUCAGAGAUGGUGACUAUGGGUCGGAACAGCUCAUGGCGGACUGGCUGAGUUAUGUUGGUGGUGGUUCCGGUCCUUGGGCCGAGCACACCUCUUGAACAGCUGCGAUCAU